AUGGGCUCGUCCUCCCAGCACGAUUCCAUCUCCGCAUCAGGAAGUUUGGAGUCUGCUGAUGGCAGCAGAAGCAGCAUCAACAAGUGGACCAAGAUUACGAGCACAAACUCGUGGAGAUGGUGCCUAGGGUUGAUUUACAUCGUUGCUGUUGCCGGUAUAUGGAUUGCCGCUAGCUACAUCGUGCAGUCUGUCGUGGAUGCUGGCGUCUCUCCGUUCUUGAUCACCUACAUAUGCAAUUCUCUGUUUGUUGUCUACAUUCCCAUAGUUGAGGCUGCCCGGUACUUUGAGGAUUCUAUUGGCGACUUUUGGACAAAGUUGAAAUUCAAGGAUGCUGAAAGCCUGCAGCAGGCUUCUGACCUGGAGAGUGUGAAUCUUCUUCAAAGUGGGGGGCAUGAGAUCAGUGUUGCCUCGGAUCAAGCACAAACAAGGCCGUCUGAAGACACUUCAGUUCCAGAUACAAGCUUCCCUGCCCAGACGGAGCUAAGUGUUGUAGCUUGCAGCAAAGGGUUGGAUGCAAAAGGGCGGUGGACGCGUGCUCGUGUGGCCAAAGUGAGCAUGCUAAUCAGCCCCUUUUGGUUCCUUGCACAGCUUACAUUCAAUCUGUCUCUAAGAUACACCACUGUUACGUCCAACACGAUCUUGAGUAGCACGUCUAGCCUCUUCACUUUCUUGGUUGCAUUAGUUUUCCUUGGAGAGACAUUCACAUGGUUGAAGCUAAUUAGUGUGCUUCUCUGCAUGGGAGGUACAAUAAUUGUCAGCCUGGCUGAUUCAAGUAGUUCAGUUAAUGCCAUUGCUACAAAUCCUCUCCUUGGAGAUUUCCUGUCCAUUGUUUCUGCUGGUUUAUAUGCUGUGUAUAUCACCUUGAUUCGAAAAAAGCUGCCUGAUGAGAAAGAAGGUCAAGGACAAGUGAGCAUGGCUCAGUUUCUGGGAUUCCUGGGACUGUUUAAUAUGUUGUUUUUCCUUCCUGUUGCAUUGGUGUUGAAUUUCGCCAAGCUUGAGCCAUUCCACAAGCUCACAUGGGAACAAGUUGGUCUUGUUGUCGGAAAAGGUUUGAUAGACAACGUUUUGAGUGACUACUUGUGGGCAAAAGCGAUCCUUCUCACAACAACUACGGUCGCCACAGCUGGCCUCACAAUCCAAGUUCCAAUUGCUGCCAUUGUGGACACACUCACCGGUCAUGCUCCUCAUCUACUGGACUAUAUUGGAGCUGCUGCCGUCCUAGUCGGUUUUGCUGGGAUCAACAUACCAGUUGGAGAGUCUCCACAGGUUGUCCAGCAAGAGCAGGAAACUCCAAUUGUUAGCAUGGUUGAUGACCCGAUUCAUUUGCCCAGCAGUGCCAAUGGCACUGAUGUUGUCUCAUAG